AUGAGUGGCAGCACAUCCACGACCCGCAAGGUCCGCACUGUGCCCCCAUCGGCAUUGCUCGAUCCACCAACACCGACGGCCGAGAGCUACCCGACAUUCGAUACUGCGCGCAUUGAGCACCCCAAGCGUCGCAGACGUCGCUUCCGAAGCUACUGGAGCUCGAGCGACGAUCCUGACUCUGACGACGAGUCGUCGAGUGACGACGACGAACCUGCAUGGUGGACGUUUACACAGAAUGGGGUGGCAAAGCUCAGAUCGCGGUGGAAUGAGCGCCCAACACCGCCACCGGCCACGGGGUCGAUCUCGGAGACACACGACGACAGUGCCCACAGUGCCGCCUCCGGCGCUGAGUCUGGGCGCGACUCCGGGCGCGCUACCACGAAGAUCCGCCGCCGCCUGCCGUUUUCCUCGACCCCAUCGCGCCAGAACUCAGGCGGAUCAUCAACCCCGACACGGGCCCGCGAGGCCGCGUCCCGCAUUUUCCACCCGCGCCCACUGCGACAACCGUGGACUCUGGGCUCGACUGACGUUGUUGAGGCACCACCACAAGCGGAGGACCUCGGACCGCACGCUGAGGAUCUCGGACCCCGGUCGACAUCGCCUCCCAUCACCGAAGACCAGCCGAACGAGAAUGUGAAACUCGACUCGCUUCAGCUCAACUACGACGCAGGUAAUCCCAAUGCGAGUAACGAGACCGACACCCUGCCGGCGUCGAGGACGAGGAGACCAAAGCCGAAGCGCUUCCUGUCGAUGCCUCAGCGCCGGAGUCAGGAUGACACCGCACUCACCGACUCGGAGGCCAUUGGCACUACAUCACCGCGCGUGCGUGCGAAGCAGCGUCUGUGGCCGGGGCUUCACGGGUCGCUGCCAGAAGAGGACGGGGACGAGGUGGCAGCCGAGUCAGACACGGCGGCUGAAACUGCCGUGCGCCCUCGCCAUCGUCGCCUCAACACGCAAAACCUGCGGCUACGUAUCCCCGCGAACGUCUCGGAGCGUUUCGCAAGCGGGUGGCCGCACGCCGGUUCGUGGCAGCAGGCGCUGCAUUACGGGUUGAUGGACGAGGACGAGAAGCCGCGUCGCCAUUCGAUGGAGCCACCCAAUGUGCGCCGGCACUCGGACCACGGAGACGAGUUAGUCGAGGAGCCGGACACCAUCUCCCUCAGGAACGGGAGUGCCCAAGGCCAAGGGAGCGCGCAUGGACACGGGAGUGUGCAUGGUCACGGCGGGAGUGCCCACGGACGCGUCGUGAGCGCCCACCAUGUACACGGCAACGGAAGUGUACAUGGCCAUAGCAGUGCGUCUGGCCACGGCUACAGAACGACCAUGAACGACACGGACACGUCGACCGGCAGGCCGAGGACGAAACUGCACCUGGACCUGAGCAAGCUUGACGCGCCGCCCCCCGCCAAGCGCAAGUCGCGCAACCGGCGUACACGGCGCUAUCGGCCCGCGUUGAUGCCUCCCACACCUAGUGCACAUGCUCCCACGUUCAACCAUGACCGAACCGUCCUCGAAGGCUGGGGAGAGAAUGCCCGUCCAACCCCAGACCCCGACACGAACCCGUUUGAUCGCGUCAACCCCUUCGACCGUAUCGAUGAGGAUUGUCCGUACUCUGACGACACGCGGUCGGAGAAGGUGGGGAAGUUCGGGCGCCGGCGCAGCGUACGCCCCCUCGACCGGCUCGAUUGGCGUAAACGCAUGCGGCGCAUGCUAUUCCUCGACGCCCGAGUGACAAUAUACAUCCGACUCUUCAACCUCGCCAUCGCAGUAACCCUCCUAGCACUGAGCAUCACGAUUCGGCAGAAAAUAGAUCAGCUCGGUUUGAGCGGUAUUAUCGGCCCGUCAACGACGCUAAUUAUCGCCUACUCGAGCCUGACGAUCGUACACGUCUUAACGGCCAUAUAUCGAGAGUACUUUGGUCGCCCAAUAGGUCUAUGGGGCCUGCGCUCGAAAAUGCUGUGGGUCUGUCUCGACCUCCUCUUCAUCGCGUUAUGGAGCUCGGGGUCAACACUGGCGAUUAACGACUACAUCAACACUCCGCUCGACUGUACGCCCCUCACGCCGUGGUGGUCCCACGGUAUCGAGUACACGAAUACGCCGAACGCGCUGUUCCCAGGCUUUGCGGUUUUCGAAACUACCAUCCCCGUGCCCGAAAAUCUCAAGUUUGGAGGUCUCGCGCGAUCGGUGUGUAGACGCCAGGCGGGUUGCUUUGCCGUCUCGGUCGUAGUUCUCCUCCUCUAUUGCGGGAACAUGGUGCUCGCCCUCUUCCGUAUUUUCGAGACGGUUCGCCGCACAACCGACACCAACCGUACCGUUUCCGUCUGA